UUUUUUUCCGAACUAUAUUAGAAACGAUUCCUCCGCGAGGUAAACUUGAGGCAAGUGGGUUUCUAGAAAAUCAGCAGAGAAUUUGUCAUUCCGUGAUCGAAUUGACCUUUACACCUAAUAGAAGCAGUUGUUGCAAAAAUUAUGGACUGAAGAAUGUAUUGAUAAAUUCCUUUGAUGAUUGACCAUGACAACAGUCACCAGCGACCAGUUUCUACAGUACACACUCCUCAGUAAAAAUGUCCUGUCAUUGGACGAACAAGAACUAUAUGAACUGUCACAGCUGGCUGGGAUUGUGUUUGAUCCCAGCGUCUUCAAGAUCAUCAUGGAUUUGUUGAAGAUGAAUGUUGCUCCACAGGCCAUACUGCAGGUUCUUAGGAGUAUAUCUGGACAAAGGCCUAAAGUGAUUAGCUCACCUGAGACAUCCCAACGUUCUCAUCAAACGGAGGCAGAUCGCAGGGUGAAAAGCCGCAGUCGUGUUCCUAGUGCUAGAAAGCCAGAGGCUCGAAGAUAAAGCAGUUCUGAUCUCUAAUGUCUUCCCAAAAUACUAUUGUCAUAACAAAAACUUAUAUAUAGGGUGUUCAAAGUAAUAUAUGUGUAUUAGAAAGACUUUUAUAAUACCAUGGGAAUCAUUGAAAUUAUGUAGGUUGGUGGAAACUGUUGCACUUUGUUUGAAAGCCAUGGAAAUUUUUAAGGUAGAAUUCUUUCUUCUCAUAAGUAGAUAUCUUAAAAGAAUUCAAUUAAAACCCAUACAAGUUGUACAAACUUGUGUGAGGAUGUAGGUGUUGGAUGGAAGGUUGUUAUUGAAGUUGUGUGAAACAAGCAUAUGAGUAAGUUUUUAUAACAAAAACUUUGUGUAUACAUUGAAUUUGUAAUAAAAUGAUAUGAAAUUCUAAA